AUGGCUAGCGAGUCAAACUUUGAAGAACGGUUCGUGUGCCCGAAUAAAUGUGGACGAAGUUAUAAGUAUAAAGGAGGAUUGCACAUACAUUUGAAGGAAGAAUGCGGCGUACUUGUGCCAAAGUACGCGUAUCUUACAAAUUGGUUUGCUUGUUCAAAUGUAUGUGGUCAAGAAUGUAAGUACAAAGGAAGUCUUAGUUCGCAUAUACCCGAUAAAUGCUGUGUUCUUUCAAAGUAUUCAUGUAGCAUCUGUUUAGAAGAUUUCAAACAAGAAAAUGUGUUGCCUUUGGAAAACUUAAACGACAAGUGGACGUGUCCGCAUACUUGCGGUCGAAGCUAUAAAAACAAACACUCGCUGGCCAGUCAUCUUAAAUAUGAAUGCGGUGUAAAACCUCAGUUUUCCUGUCAGAACUGUUCUCGAACGUUUAAGCUCAAACACCACUUAAAAAGUCACAUGAUGAGUUGUGGAUCUGUGUUUCAUGAUUCAGAGUUUUAA